CUAACCCGUUUAACCCUGACCCGAGGGUACCCGUUUAGGGUUUCGGAUCGUACAUCAAUUUGGGGGGAAUAUAAAUAGUAAGCCCGGGAAGAACUCAUUUCUCACUGUCUCUUCCUCUUCUUCAUUUCCUUAGUCUCUCUCUCCAAAACCCUAAUUUCCUCUCUCCGUCACACCGUCCGCGUCCUCUGCAUCACGGUCAUUGAAGCAAUGUCACAAGAAAAUAUGGAAUCCGAUUGCGAGGUAGAUUUACUGGACUCUGAUGACGAGACAAUGGAGCAAAAGGAAUCACGGUUAGUAAAAACUUGUGCAUCCAUGAUCCUUUCAUCUGAUUAUUCCUUUCGUCAUUGCGAGUACGACUCAAUGAAGAACAUCAUGGAAUGGUUAAGUCAAGAUAUUGUUUUGCCUCCUCCUGACGUUGUCGAGCUUUAUUUUGAGGAUUUGUACACUGAAGAGAAACUCAAUAUUAAACAACAGCUGGCUACUAUUCCUAAUAGGAUAUCUUUAACUUUUGAUCUGUGGGAAUCUAACACUGCUGAGACUUAUAUCUGUUUGACCGCUCAUUUUGUUGACGCGGAUUGGAAGUUAAAUAGUAAGGUUCUUAAUUUCUGUCUUGUUUUACCCACUGUAUCUGAGAUGUGUGAGAGAAUGGUUGAGUUCUUGAAUGAUUGGGGAAUAGAGGAAAAGAUUUUCUCUCUCACUUUAGAAGAUUCAUUUAAGAAUAAAAUUUUGCAAGAAAAAUUUCAAAAUCAACUUGUUUUGCAUAAUGGGUUGUUAUGUGACGGGGAGUUCUUUCACGGGCAUUGUUUUGCACGCAUUUUAAAACUGAUUGUUGAAGAGGGGUUGAAACUAGUUAGGGAUGUCCUGUGUAAAAUUAGAGAUAGCAUCAUGUUUGUGAGGCAUUCAAAGAGUGGAAGGGAAAAAUUUAAGGAGUGUAUUGCAAAGGUUGGUGGUGUUGAUUGUUCCGUUCGCUUGCAUCUGGACACGCCUAAAAGAGUGAACUCAACUUAUUCAAUGCUUGAAAGUGCUCUUAAAUAUCGGCGUGUGUUUGAAAGUCUUCACUUGUAUGAUGAUAGUUAUGUGUUAUGUCCUUCGGUAGAAGAGUGGAAAAGAGUACAAAAGAUUUGUGUGUUCUUGUUGCCUUUUAGUGAAACUGCCAACAUGAUUAAUGCCACAACACAUCCUACUUCCAACUUGUAUUUUUUGCAAGUUUGGAAAGUCCAAUGCCUUUUAGUUGAUUGUUUGGGAGAUCAAGAUGAAGAUAUAAAGAGAAUGGCUGAAAGGAUGCUGACCAAGUUUGAGAAAUAUUGGGAUGAGUAUAGUGUUGUUCUUGCAAUGGGAGCGGUUCUUGACCCAAGGAUUAAGCUUUCAACAUUGGCUAAUUGUUACUCAAAACUUGAUGCAUCAACACGUGAAAGGAAGUUGCAACAAGUAAAGAGCAAGUUGUACAUGCUAUUUGACAAGUAUUCUAGCAAAAGUACUCCUUCUUGCGUGCAAAGAAUUAUCCAGGACCAAUCUUCUAGCAUGCCAUUUCAAGAGAAGUUAAACUCUUUAUCUGACGGCCUAUUUGAUGAAUUGAAAGUGCACCAUCAACAGCUUGUUACUGAAACUGGGAAAUCUGAACUUGAUGUUUACUUAGAUGAGUCAAAUUUGGAUUUUCGUUGUGAUGAAGAUAUGGAUGUAUUACAGUGGUGGAAGAGUAAUAAUAAUCGAUUUCCAGAUCUAUCAAUAUUGGCUUGCGACUUGUUAAGUGUUCCCAUUACCACCGUCGCUUCCGAUUUUGAGUUUUGCAUGGGCUCACGCGUCUUUAACAAGUAUAAAGAUCGUAUGUUGCCGAUGAAUGUGGAAACUAGAAUGUGUACUCGCACCUGGUUGCACAAUUUUGUUAAUAAUGAUGGAGAAGAUGAUGAUGAUGGCGAUGGCGAUGACUUUGAAGAAACAAUGAAUGAAGUUUAUGUUGAUGAAGAAUUGGAUAACUCGUCAAAUGGUUAUGAUUUCAGUGAUGGUGAUGAUGAUUGAUUUGCUUGUAUCUAUUUAACUUUGGUUUAUAAUGUGUCUUUUGGCUUUAUGGAUUGUAAAAUUAGAACUAUAUAUGGUUAUGCUAUGGUUUCUAGACAUACUGGUGGAUUUAAGUUUUAA